CUACCCCGUCCACUACACAAUCAAAAUUUCAGUGCCCCUUUUAUUAAAAGUUGCCUCUUCGCUAGAACCCUCCACCUCAAAAUGUCCGCGACCCGUAAGCUCUCCGAGGUCGUGUUCCUAGACACUUCCCUUGACAAGCGCCAAAUGUCAACAAUUUUCAAACACACAAACAUCUCCCGCACGAAAAUUUCGGUUCCAUCCCAACUCCAACUCAAAGCAACUAAAAUGAACACCGACAGCCUGCGGCCCCUCCCCGGGACCAAACCCACCCCCGUCAUCAGCCUCAACCAUUACAUAUUUUCAGGCAUCCGCACCAAACCCUCCCGCGACGACAUUUACAAGAAAAUCCUCAUCCCCAAAGACAUGAACAAGUCGAGGUUCCACCAGAGGGGCUUGAUUUUCGUGUGGCCCCAAAAGCGCCCCUCGUUUUUCUACAACAAGGAACUGAUUUGGUUGACUUGGUUCUUGGCUCACGCGCUCUACUGGUUGCACGUCGUCGGUAUUUUACCCUCGGGGGCAGCCGUACCCUUCAAGCAGCCCCCGUGGAAGUACGAGCCGCCCCUGUACCGCCCCAAGAGUCGAGAUUUCAUCAUAGAGCCCGACUGGGAGUCGUACAAUUACGGCCCCUUGGACAAAAAGUCGCUCAAUUUUUGAAUAGGGGGCUGCGCGGUAACGACAGGAGGUGAUCGCUGACUGAAUAAAUUCUCCGGACGUUCGAGACUAGUUGUAUUUUAGUUGGUCGUGUGUAUUUUCACUGUUCGUUUCGUGUUUUCGUUGAUUUUUAUUUUAAUAAAGUGUUUUUUUGUG